AUGCCUCGCCGCGAAGAUUUCGAGAUCGCGAUAGUCUGCAGCUUGCCGCUUGAAUACGAUGCCGUGUCCCUUGUUUCCGACGAAGUUUGGAAAGAGGAUAGAGAAAACAACGACUGCAAGACAGGCCGUAUUGGCGAGCAUAAUGUUGUCCUGGCUCUACUUCCUGGCAUGGGUAAAGCGAGUGCCGCAAGCACAGCAGCCAACAUCCGUUCGAGCUAUCGCCAUGUACGGCUUUGCUUUCUUGUCGGGGUCUGUGGCGGUGUGCCCCAGACUGGCAGCAAGGAAAUUCUGUUGGGUGACGUGGUGGUCAGCAAGGCCAUUGUCUCAUACGAUUUUGGCAGGCAAUAUCCCGACGGGUUUACGCUUAAGGAUGGCAUUGAAAGCAAUACGGCGGGGCCAGACAGAGAUAUCCGCAAACAGCUAGCCAUAUUUGAGACAAGUGAUGGCCGUUUCCGACUUCAAGAAGAGGUUGCCAGUUUCCUCGAAAAGCUUCAGGCCAAGGCGACACAGCAGAGGUGUGGAGCAAAAUAUAGUUAUCCUGGAACGGACGAAGACAGGCUUUUCAAGCCAGAGUAUCGCCAUAAACACCGUAUAUCUCCUACAUGUAUCUGCAGCAAAUGCGAGAAGGGAUCUGACCCCGUAUGCGAAGAUGCUGUCAAGUCCUCGUGCCAUGAUCUAGGAUGUGCGGACCAAUACCUCGUCCCAAGAAGGCAGCUUAAUAGGAAGCUAGAAGGCGAGAUCAAGAAGGCUCAAGAUCCAAUCAUCCAUAUUGGAAUCGUUGGAUCGGGAGACAGAGUUAUCAAAUCUGGGGAACAUCGUGAUAGCAUUGCCAAGCCAAAAAGCAUCAUCGCCUUUGAGAUGGAAGGUGCCGGGAUCAUGGAAGAGAUUCCUUGCGUGGUAGUCAAAGGAGUGUGCGAUUAUGCAGACUGCCACAAGAGCAAGAAAUGGCAAGAUUUUGCAGCGGCUACUGCGGCGUCUGCGCUACAGGCCAUCUUGGGAUACAUGCCACCAGCCAAGAGCCGAAAAUACUCUGUCGAGCAAGUCCUGCGAGAGGGCCAUUUCCUUGUCCCGUUUGGGCGAAACGAGAGUUUCGUCGGGCGAGAAGAUAUCCUGCAGCGGCUUAUCACGAGAAUCACCCCAGGUGCUAAUACGGAUGACUGUCAGAGGACGGCUGUCGAAGGCCUCGGAGGCAUCGGCAAGACCCAGAUCGCACUUGAGAUCGCGUUUCGCCUUCACGACGCCCACCCUAGCUGUUCCAUCUUCUGGGUCCCGGCCGUGGAAGCCGCUGGAUUCGAGAAAGCCUACCACGAGAUUGGCCAGAGCCUAGGGGUAGUAGGAAUCGACGAGGACUCGGCCGACGUGAAGACUCUCGUAAAUGCCGCGUUGAGCCGCAAGGAUGCAGGAGCAUGGCUGCUGAUUGUUGACAACGCUGACGACACAGAUCUCCUCUGUGGUCCGGCAGGGCUACUAAACUCUCUUCCAUUUAGCAGAAUGGGCUCGAUUCUUUUUACGACGCGGAACCAUCAGGCUGCGGUCGAGCUAGAUAUUCCAGAGACUGGCAUUGUCAGUAUGCCGGAAAUGAGCCAAACGGAAGCAACCGAGCUGCUACAGAGGAGCCUGAAAGAGAGUCAAACACAGGAUACCGCAAGCUUGACGAGCCUCCUCGAUUUCCUCGCUUACCUGCCUCUUGCGAUUAAGCAGGCGUCGGCCUAUAUGGCUAAGACAGGAAUGGCGAUACCUAGGUAUCUUCAGCACUGCCGGUCUAGCGACAAGAAUUUGAUCAAACUGUUGAGCAAAGACUUUGAGGACCGUGGCCGCUACAGGGGCAUCAAAAAUGCAGUGGCCACGACUUGGUUGAUUUCCUUUGAGCAAAUCUCGCGGGAUUACCCACUUGCCAUACAGUACCUGCGAUCUAUGUGUUUCCUUGCCGAGAAGGAAAUCCCUGCAUCUCUGGUGUGGACAGCCGAUGAUGGACUGGAGGCGGACGAGGCGAUGGGGGCGCUGAAGGCGUAUGCGUUCAUCGCCGAGCGAGCAGGCCAAGGGCUGUAUGACAUGCACAGACUCGUUCGAUUAGCAAUACACAGUUGGUUAGAAAAUGGUGGAGAGUUUGAAACAUGUGUUACGGCUACGCUACGUCAACUCGACAAAGUGUUUCCCUCUCCUGAAUAUGAAAAUCGGGCUGACUGGGUACAAUAUUUGCCGCAUGCGUUAACUGCGUUAAAUUUCAGAGAGUAUUCAACUGACAGCAUGGCUGAAUCGAAUCUUCUCUUUAAAGUGGCUCAGAGUAGUUAUCUCCUCGGCAAAUAUCAGGAGGCAGAGAGUUUCUACGAUCAGGUACUGGAACUACGGACUAAGGUGUUAGGCGCCGAGCAUCCUGACACGCUGCUGAGCAAAAACAACUUCGCAAACACGCUUUAUAGCCAGAGAAAAUAUGACAAGGUCGAGGUGAUACAUCGGCAAAUACUGGAACUACGGACUAAGGUGUUAGGCGCCGAGCAUCCCGACACGCUUAGAAGCAUGACCAACAUCGCAAGUAUGCUUCAUAGCCAGAGGGAGUAUGACGAGGCCGAGGCAAUUUUUCGGCAGGUACUAGAACUACAGAUUAAGGUACUAGGCGCUGAGCAUCCUGACACGCUUAGAAGCUUAGCCAAUCUUGGAAUUGUGCUUCAUAGCCAGGGGAAAAUUGACGAGGCCAAGGCAAUUUACCAGCAGGCACUGGGAAUACAGACUAAUGUGCUGGGUUCUGAGCAUCCUGACACUCUUCAGAGCAUGAGCGAGCUUGCAAUUGUGCUUCAUAGCCAGGGGAAGAGUGACGAGGCCAAGGCAAUUUACCAGCAGGUACUGGGAAUACAGACUAAGGUGCUGGGUUCUGAGCAUUCUGAUACACUAUGGAGCAGGCGCAGCCUCGCAAUUGUGCUUUAUAAAUUAGGAAAAAAGGACGAGGCUAAGGCAAUUUACCAGCAGGUACUGGAAAUACAGGCUAAGAUGCUGGGUUCUGAGCAUCCUGAGACACUCUCAACUGAGAGUUACUUUUUAAAGGGCCGCAGUCGAGUCGUAAGCGCCAAAGCAGCACCAUACAUAUAUCACUGGUUCAAGGGUGUAUCUCGAGUGCUGAGACUCCUGUAGUUUAAACAAGUUUGCUAUGUUGCGAGUUCUCGUCAUAUCUACCUCAUACACAGCUACCCAAUUGUACCAGAGGAAACAUUUUUUAAGUAUUUAUAAAGUUCUAAAAUUCCCCAAAGGCUUUUCCAUUGCGUUAUACUUUGUGUGUAACUUUCAAUUCACUUGUUAUCUCGCUGUUUAAGCCUGCGUCUCAGCCUGAGAUAGGCAACAGCUGAGCUAGUAAGAUAAAAUGUUUAAGUGCCAUGUAAAAGUAAUCCGAGAUAAUAAAGAGAUAAAGCAGCGAAAAAAGCGAGAUAAUUCUUUUGUUUUAAUGUAUAUAGCAAAUCUUCCUUUCGAUUUCCUUUUGGUGGAUUUGAAGACUGAAACUGGAAGACGCUAUUUCCAUCAUCUGAUUCCGUGCCCUAUUCUCGUUCCACAUGCAAGUUCUUGCACUCGUCGCCGUAUUUGCACGUUCCGCUCCGAUAAAACUUGCAUUUCUGCUGCUUCUUUGUUGGUGAGCCAGAGUGAGAAUCCCAUAUUGGCGUUGCCGUUACUCUCCAGUCUCUGGAGGCGCCCUUGGUCGACCCAGCCCCGGAUCGAGGCGAUUGAUGACCAGGAGAAUCCUGAGCUGGAACUGGCUGAAACAAGCCAGGAAUCUUCUCAAUUCCCAUAUCUAAUUGCUUGUAAUCAUCUUGAAACUUGAUAUCAGUUGAGGUCACCAGCGUGAACCGGUCUCUGAUGCCCGAAUAUGUCGUCAAAUCAGCAAUGUACCCGCUGUCGUGACAGCCCGCGAAAAAGAUGUGCUUGCACUGCGGGUUCGUGGCAUAUAGAUUGAGUGCAGCGCGCAGCUUCAAAUCAGCCGUCUCUUCCCACUCUCCGACGUCGACAAAGUCGAAGAGCCCAUGAGACCUGUUGAAGCCGGCGACAAACGGAGCGAGGGAUCGCUUCUCGGGACCUACCAAGCGUGCUUUGUAGAGAGUCUUGGAUAAGCCGGCAAUGUCUGCAUAUACUCGCACCAUGAUCUGGCAGUGCUCGAGGUCUUUUGCCUUGAGGCUGUCCAUGAUAGACUCGGUGAGGAGUUGUGCUGCAGUUCGUCCACCCUCAGCACCGUCGCUCACUAAGCUUUCGUGGAAGACGUAAGCAUCGCCGUCAACCAGGAUAAGCACAAAAGGAUUCCCGCCUUGGCCUUUGGACAGCUGUUUGUAUCUUUCUCUACCCUCACGCUCUUCUUCAUAAUCGCUCUUGAGGCGCUUAUAAUUCUCAAGCAAAACGGCAUAUCGGUCCAGUAUGUUGGGCAGCGUGGUGCUAAUACGGAACUGAGCCAACUGGAUGGCCGCUUGUUCAAGGUCAUCAUCGUUGAGCAUUAUAGCCUCUGCGAGUUACGACCGUGUAAAAAAGGUAGUGAUGAGGCCAGUGUUGACGAAAUAAUGCAGGCUGGUGGCGAGCUUCUCUUCUUAGUUUUGCGCUUCUUGAGAAACGCUUAUAUGGAAGUGACAACUUG